AUGUUUAGUGAUAUUGGAAACACCACAAUUGUUGCAAGAGCAGAAAUUGACAAUAGAAAUGACAUAAUGGAGAGUCAAGCUGAAGUGGAUGAGAAACAUCAGAUUGUAAAAAUAAACCAUAAUGUUUCACAGAAAGAAACUCUGAAGACAGAAGACAUAAAGUGUGAAAAUAGUUUCAGAGAAGAUGAACGCCCUGCAGAUCACAAGAGGACUCACAGUGAGGAGAAACCUUUCACAUGUCAAGAGUGUGGAAAGAGUUUCACCUUUCAAUCGAGCCUUAGCAAGCACAAGAAAACUCACAGUGAGGAGAAACCUUUCACAUGUCAACAGUGUGGAAAGAGUUUCACCUUUCAAUCGAGCCUUAGCCGGCACAGGAAAACUCACAGUGAGGAGAAACCUUUCACAUGUCAACAGUGUGGCAAGAGUUUCAGAGAUAAAAGUAAACUUGAGACUCAUGUGAGAAGUCACAUUAAAAAAAAAACACAUGUGUGCCAUGAGUGUGAAAGGAGUUUUACAAAAAAAAGUUACCUGAAGAGACACAUGAGGUCUCACACUGGAGAGAAACCUUAUUUAUGUCAACAGUGUGGAAAGAGUUUCUCCUUAAUAUCGAACCUUAACCAGCACAUAAAAACUCACAGUGAGGAAAAGCCUUUCACAUGUCAACAGUGCGGAAAGAGUUUCAACUUUAAACCGAACCUUAACCAGCACAUGAAAGCUCACAGUGGGGAAAAGCCAAACAUGUGCCAUCACUGUGACAAGAGUUUUCCAUCUACAAGUGACCUUAAGAUACACAUGAGGUCUCACACCGGAGAGAAACCUUACACUUGUCAUCUGUGUGGAAAGAAUUUCAGAACAAAACCUCACCUUAACGUACACAUGAGGAUUCACAUCGGAGAGAAACCACACGUGUGUCAUCACUGUGGAAUGAGUUUUAUAACUGCAGGUGAACUUAAGACACAUUCAAGUAUUCACACUGGAGAGAAACCUUACAUAUGCCCUCAGUGUAAAAAGAGUUUUACAAGUAAAGGUAAUCUUAAGUCACACAUGACAAUUCACACUGGAGAAAAACCUUUCACAUGUCAUCUGUGUGUAAAGAGUUUUAAAACGAAAUGUGACCUUAAUAGACACAUGAGAAUUCACACUGGAGAGAAACCAUUCACUUGUCAACACUGUGGAAAGAGUUUUAUAAUGAAAUUUGACCUUAAUGCACAUGUGAGAAUUCACACUGGAGAGAAACCAUACGUGUGUCAUCAGUGUGGAAAGAGUUUCAGGACAAAACCAAACCUUAAUGUACAUUUAAUCACUCACACUGAAGAGAAACCGUUCACAUGCCAUGAGUGUAAAAAGAGUUUCAAAACAAAAGCUAACCUUAAAAAACACGCAAGAUUUCACACUCAAUAGAAAUCAUUCAUGUGUCAACAGUGUGGGUAUGGCAACAAAGUUUAGAAAUCAGCUGAGGUCUUAUUAAUAAAACUGUCUGGAGGAUCCUUACUCAAAGUCUACAUGUGCACAAAAGCCCAAGAUGUAUGUACUUGUGUUCUUGUGAAACGUCAUCACUCGCGGCCCAAGUACUGCUCCAAUACCAAGUUCACAUCAAGUCAAGUUCACAUAACAUCUCAGGAUGUGUUCUUGAUCUGCUCAUUUUAUCAAGGAUGAAUCAGAAGGUGACUUGUGUGGACAUAUGAUUUUCCCAGAAUGCAUUUCACAUCAACAGCAUUGAAGCUUAAUUCCUGCAAAAUAUUUGAAAUAUUACUCUUUCUGUGUCAUAAAAUGUAGCCGUUUAGUCGAGAAUAUAGAUGAAUAAACUUUAAAUCUGUGGUCAGUUAGUAAAGAUAGGACCUAAUAUUAAAAUUUCCUCUGAUGAUUUUGGAUAUGUGAGUUCAAGUUGAUCAAAGAGAUUCAUCUCUGCAAAUCCUUCUGAAAUUUGCCGCUGGCUCAGUGUAGCUGCUCUGCCCUUCAGUGUCUGAUCAUUAAACAUGAAAUAUUCCCUUUGGCUAUUCACUAUAUUGCCCAAUGUUUUGGGACACCCCUCCAAAUCAUUGAAUUCAGGUGUUCCAGUCACAUCUAGUGAAAGAAACUCUUAAUGCUUCAUCAUACCAAGACAUUUUGGACAUUUUCAUGCUCCAACUUUGUGAGAACAGUUUAGGGAUGGCUCCUUCCUGUUCCAACAUGACUGUGCAUCAGUGCACAAAGCAAAGAGUGAGUGUGCAGGAACUUGACUGGCCUGCACAGAGUCGUGACCUCAACCCAGUAGAACAUAUUUGGAAUGAAUUAGAGCAGAGACUACGAGCUAGGCCUUCAUCAGUGUCUUACAAAUGUGUUUUAGAAGAAUGGUCAAAAUUUCCUAUAAACACAUUCUUAAACCUUGUAGAAUGUCUUCCAAGAAUAGUUGAAGCUGUUAUAGCUGCAAAGGGUGGACAAAACUCCAAAUUAAACCAUAUGGAUUAAGAAUAUAAAGGCAGGUGUCCCAAAACUUUUGUCAGUAUAGUGCAUCUAAGAGGCUGUUUGGCAUUAACAUGCAUUUUCAUCGAUCUGAUCACAAGUGGACGACGUUAAUGACAGGUGUAAAUGGUGUUCAAAACAUUUUGAGCUCUUCCACUUUCAACCACUUUCAACCAAAUUCAGAUGUAGUCUAAACCCCUUUCGAGCAGAUUGCUUUUGUAGUGUAAAUGCACAUGUGGUUGAAUGUGUUCGAACAGCCACACGCGACCGCCUUCCCCCCCAUCCAUUUAUCUAAUUUGAGGUACUAAACACAAUGUUCAAGUCUUUUCUGACUUCUGGCGCGAACACACGGCGUACAGCGCUAUUUUUAGCCUUUCAUAGAUCAAACUAAAGCGGCUGAUCUACGUAGUUUCGUUUUGAAAGUAUGUGAAAGUUGCGCGAUCCUAUUUCAUCAAUUGCGCUGAUAUAUCAGAGAAAGCUCUAACAUAUACACGAACAAAACACUGUGCAGCAUGUUUACCUGCUAAAUAAGCAGCGGACUCCGACAUAAUAUUAGUUCUCGUCCAUAUAAACUCCUUACUCCCGCUCGCGUUUAAUGACAGCAGAGAGACUCGCCCUCUGUCUCACGGACCGUCCCCUCACAGUAUUCAGGACAGAAGCGGUCGAAAGUGAACAAAAGAGACGGAUUUAAAUACCAGGUGUAAACGUGAUGUGUUUUCUCGUCCACUUGUGAUCCGAUCGAUGAAAACACAUCUUAAUACCAAGUGUAAACAACCCCUAACUGGUAUUUGGUCUUAUCAAUUUACUUCUUUUCUUAUUCAACUGAAGUCUGUUAUUUGUUAUUAUCGUUUUAACUGAUGUUAAAGUUAAGUUUCAUAACUUAAAUCACAUAUGUUUUCUAUAGAAUCUUAACACUGAAUCACUGCCUUUGUACUGUAACUAGAUUAAUC